AAUACAAUUCAUUCAAUCUUUAUCGCAAGAUGAUGAAACAAGUCAAGAUCCAGUCUCCCUCGUCGCGGUCUGCCAGCAGGCGGACCAGUGAAGACAAGCCGAGCCUUGAGAAUGUGCCCGAGGAGCAAGCGACGACCCCGAAUAUCCACUCGCCUCAGACGGACCGGAAAGGCUCAGUACGAAUCAGCUGGAAAAAGCAGCUGAAGUUUCGAAGCUUCAUGGGAAAGCGCUCGUCAGCGUCAUCAAGGGACUCGAGAAUAAGGGACCUCAAGAUCGUCCACCUCACAGAUCAACCGGUGAAGCCGCUCAUGCAAAUUAUGAAGGAGGACAGGGAGGAGAGGCAAAGAGCCGAGGAAUGCAGAGUGUCCACAAUGACGUUUGGGAUGUCGUUCAAUCCUUCGGAUUUGGUAGGGCCGGAGGAGGCUGAGAACUUGGACGACGAUGAAUACUCUGACGGAAUCGCCGAAUCAAUCGAUGAACUGGACUUGGAGGAGAAUGAUCCCUUCCACCUCGAAAACAGGAUUUCGGCGACCAUCACAGAAGUGACCGAGUUGAAUCUCAACGCUGUCAAUCCCGGGUACAGGAUCAACAGAGCCAUGAGCAUGAGUAGGAUGAGCGAGAGCAGCAGUGAUGAAUCGAGACCAUGUUCACCACUGCCAUUCAUCGAGGAGGCCGACAGUGCAAGCGACCAGGAAGAAAACAACAACAACUCCCAUAUCAACAAUAUCAGCAACGACAUUAUCAACGACAACAGCAGCGAUGUAUCACCGGGAGGAAGCCCACGGACCGACGACAACCACAUCUCGUGGAAUUGGGCCGAGCCAGCUCAACCUCUGGCGGCGAUGGCUCUGGCUCCGGCUCCCGCACCAAGGACAGCCACAGCCUCGCGGCCAGAAUCGAACGUGGCUUCAAAGCCGCCGCCGACGGCCUCUGCGCUGAGGGCCAACAUGGUCAUGUUGCGCCGACCAUCCCGGCCGGACAACCCGUGGAGCUGGAAGUUGCCGGCGCCGGAUCCGGCCGCGCCCAAGAUCAACACCGUCAUCGUCCGCCGGCCGUCCCGCAUGGACAACCCGUGGACGUACAAGCCGACAGGCCAUACUCCGACUCCUUCUCUGAAGGGAAGCGUCCACUCCAUGACCCGUCGCGGUUCUCGCUCCGAUGACCUCUCCAGCAACGCCUCGUCGCGGCGCGGUUCUCACGACAGUGACCAGUCUCAGUCGCCGGACAUGAGCAGGAGCUUUCCCCGGCGGCCAUCGCGGACGGACGAUCCCUGGAUUCGGCCGCUGCAUCCAUCUCCACUGAGUAAAGGAUCGCAGCCCAAGAAAGAUACCCGACGGCCGACGCCCGGGGAAGCCCUGAACUCUCACCCUGUCAUUCUCCGACAGGACAGCCUGGCAGACCCCGUCCAUGUUCGUCAGGACAGUGUAUCAGACCCAAUGUGUCGGAUGUGCCAUAUUGGAGUGGCAGAGGCAUGGGGAGUCUGCCAAAGAUGCGACGAUGAGACCUCACCAGGACCGACGCCUCAUCAUCAGGCAUUCUCCUCUAACCAAGUCGAGAAGGACAAAGAAGUACAGGGGAAGAAUAACCGCCCACCGCCCAUCGUGACCGACAAGACCUCGCCUUUCCGCCGCCAUCAACCCACCGUCUCCAUGACCUCCAACCCAGAAGCCAACGAGAUGACGCCCCCCAUCUCGCCCACCUCCUCUCAACUCUCGCCCACCGCCAUAACUUCUCGCACCAUCCACACUGUCGUGACAGUCCCACCUCCUAUUUCCGGUACGUCGCUCUCCGCACUGCCGACGCCUGAAGUACUUGCGCGGUACCAGUACGGUGUGCCAACUGCCGGCGGCAAGAUCUUGGCCAAGGGAAGGCCUCUGUCCAACGACGAACUGGCCGACUACUACUUUGACAAGAACUCGGAAUCCAAGUUCCGCGACAGAAAUGAUUCGGUGGUGAGCCGGGAGGCCCAGGGGUACAUGACCCGGGACGUGAGUCUGGAGGAGUAUGAUGGCUUCUGGGGGAGCCCAAUGAGUCCAGGGCCCGGAUGGAUCUGAUAGUCAAGAAUACUUGGCGUCUCGCCAAGUGUUGAUUCGGCUCUUGUCUCAUCGUCUUUUGUAUGAUAUCGG